CAGGUCCUUUUGGAAUAAAUCAUGGGAUUGAGCUUCAUUCAGAUGUUGUGGAAUAUGCCAAGGAAAAGCUGGAGAGCUUCAUCAAAAAUAGUGAUAGCUUUGAUAAUCAGCUCCUAGACCUAGACUAUCCGUCUAAGAGGGAAGCUGCAGGGCAAGGCUAGGUCACCCUGAUCUCCUAGCAGCUUAUCAAAAGACUUAAAUGGGCAAGUUGGCAAGGUCCCUGCUGUGAACGAAGGCAUCUGUCCAUCUCAAGAUGAAGAUACUCCAUCAUGCACCUUUAAAGAAAUCCACUGUUAAGAUUUGAGUUCUGUGAGCCUGCAUUUGUGGUUGGCAAUUGCCUUCAGAUAGCAUCUGAUAGUCAUCAGUAUGAUCGAAUUUAUUGUGGAGCUGGAGUUCAGAAAGACCAUGAAAACUACAUGAAAAUAUUACUGAAAGUUGGAGGCAUUCUGGUCAUGCCUAUAGAGGAUCAGUUAACACAAAUAAUGCGAACUGGACAAAACACUUGGGAAAGUAAAAACAUUCUUGCUGUGUCAUUUGCUCCACUUGUGCAGCCAAGUAAGAAUGAUAAUGGCAAACCAGAUUCAGUGGGACUCCCCCCAUGUGCUGUCAGGAACCUACAGGACUUGGCUCGCAUUUACAUCCGCCGAACACUUAGGAAUUUCAUCAAUGAUGAGAUGCAAGCCAAGGGGCUUCCUCCAAGGGCUCCCCCAAAAAGGAAAAGAAAGAGAGUUAAACAGAGAAUUAACACAUAUGUGUUUGUGGGUAAUCAGCUCAUUCCUCAGCCUCUAGACAGUGAGGAGGAUGAAAAAAUGGAAGAAGAUAACAAAGAAGAGGAGGAGAAAGAUCACAGUGAAGCCUUCAAACCAGAAGAGCCUCCUCAAAAUCUACUGAGAGAAAAAAUCAUGAAGUUGCCCCUCCCUGAAUCUUUAAAAGCUUAUUUGACAUAUUUUAGAGAAAAAUAACACGCCAAGAAAAAAGAAUGCCUACUGAUAGUUCCUCUAGUCUUGAAGAUGUAGCAUUUGUUAGGAAUUUAAAGAGACUGUUUCUUUCAUCAGAGCAAAUUUUAGUGGAAAAAGGUCUAACUUGUUUAUGUCUUAGUAACAAAAAUGAUGUAUUCAGUGAUUUAAAAUAAUCCCUUUUAUAAAAUCUAUUUUUCUUUAAAUCUU